UCUCGCCAUCUUUCACCGUUACCCACCUCACGUCCCUCCUCCAUCCAUCCACGACAUUCCCCAAUCGUGCGCACCCUCGACAUUGGAGCGCUCAGACACACGCUACUUGCUCUAGUCACGUAGCGUUCACUCGGCGCCACCCAUCCAGACGCCACUCACAUUCCCAUGACAGCGUGCCUCUCGCCACAAAGCAGGCAUCUCGCACUGCCCAUGCCACUCCGCCAUCCACUGUCGCUCAAGAGCGGCACCUCGUCGUCGGCGUCUUCAGUUUGCUCACAGGGCACAAGCGUCGAUGACAUGACCGAUAUGGAGCGCAUCAACAACAUUCGGCCCAUGUACGCCUCGACCCGGUCCAUCGACAGCGCAUCGCGUCCUGGCGACGUCGAGAUGCUCGCUAGCAGCCAUCAUCAGUCAGAGGUCGCCGAGAGCUCGUCAAUGGCCAUCCAGCGGCGGUCUCCGUCGCCGAACGUCCCGAGCAUCGCUGCUGUCAGUGGCAAGGACUACCACCCAAUAACGGCGCGGUUGUUUCCAGAGGAGGAGGAUGAAGAUAUCCUCCGCGAGUCGAGCGACCGCUUCGUCGUCUUCCCCAUCAAGUACCGCGAGAUCUGGCUGGCCUACAAGCAAGCCCAGGCUAGCUUCUGGACUGCAGAAGAGCUCGACCUCGGCCACGACCUGCACGACUGGCACGACCGCAUGACCGAAGACGAACGUUUCUUCAUCCUCCGGAUCCUCGCUUUCUUUGCUUCUUCGGACGGAAUCGUCGGCGAGAACCUCGUGUCGCAGUUUUCAAUGGAUGUGCAGAUUGCGGAAGCGCGGGCCUUCUACGCAUUCCAGACCAUGAUCGAGCAGGUCCACGCCGAGACGUACAGUCUGUUAAUUGAGACGUAUGUGCGUGACUCGGAGGAGAAGGACUUCUUGUUCAAGGGCAUGGAGACAAUACCGUGUAUUCAGAAGAAGGCCGACUGGGCGAUGAAGUACAUCACACCAGAGCUGCCCUUCAGGAUCCGGCUCAUCGCGUUUGCGUGCGUCGAAGGCAUCUUCUUCUCGGGCUCGUUUGCAGCCAUCUUCUGGCUCAAGAAGCGUGGCCUCAUGCCAGGGCUCACGUUCUCAAACGAGCUUAUCAGCCGUGACGAGGGCAUGCACACCGACUUUGCAUGCCUGCUGUAUCAGCAUCUCAAGCACCGCUGUUCUGAAACCGAGGUGCACGCGAUCGUCCGCGAGGCAGUGGCCAUCGAGAAGGAGUUCCUGACCGAGGCACUUCCGUGUCGCUUGAUAGGGAUCAACUCGGAGUCCAUGUGCCAGUACAUGGAGUUUGUUGCCGAUCGGCUGGUUGUGGCGCUUGGCUACGACAAGAUCUAUCACGCCACAAACCCCUUUGACUGGAUGGAGUUGAUCUCGCUGCAGGGCAAGACAAAUUUCUUCGAGUCGCGUGUAUCGGCCUAUCAACUGGCAAACGUGUCCCGCUCGGCUACCCCGCACCAGAGGGGAUCAGACAAUGACGACGAGGGCAACCUGCAGCGCCGAGUGUUUCGCACCGACGCCGAGUUUUGAGGGGGUGCGAGGUUGGGGCGCAUUGCGAGCUGCGGGCGCCUGAAAAGCUGUGUAGACACUAGAACAUGUUGCCAUAAACACAUACACCCAUGUCAUCAUCACUAUUCA